UGUGCUGAAACAUGCGCUGUGACAUUUGUUCAACGGAAGAAAGACAUUGAUAAACCGUAAAAAAAGAUAUCGCUUCCGCCUUCACAGACCGCCGUACUGGUUCGACUUCUCCCUUAAGGCUGCGAAAUUAGGAGCUAUUGUUUUACCUUUUCUAUGUCAACACUCAACGGCAUUUAAAUGGAUUACUCCGCGACACACAGUGGGUUCAGACAGCAGCCGGCCAUGCGUCUGAGGAGCCUCCCAGCUGACACUCCGGACCCCAGUCCACUGUUUGAGGACACCAGCAGAGUGAGAGCAGGAGCUCAGCCUGGGGGCUACAGUGCCCAGCCGGCUGUGCCUCCAGCAGGGGCCUAUCCUGGGCAGACCAUCCUAUCAGAUCCCAUGUCAAACCUGGCCAUGGCCUACGGCAGCUCCCUGGCCUCCCAGGGCAAGGAGAUGGUGGACAAGAACCUUGACCGAUUCAUCCCCAUCUCCAAGCUGAAGUACUACUUUGCAGUGGACACGGUGUAUGUGGGGAAGAAGCUGGGCCUGCUGGUGUUUCCGUAUUUGCAUGAGAACUGGGAGGUGGGCUACCAGCAGGACACUCCUGUGGCGCCACGCUUCGACGUCAACGCCCCCGACCUCUACAUCCCGUUCAUGGGCUUCAUCACGUACGUCCUGGUCGCUGGCCUGGCUCUAGGAACGCAGAACAGGUUUUCGCCAGAGCUGCUGGGAGUUCAGGCCAGUUCAGCCUUUGUGUGGCUGAUCAUGGAGGUGCUGGCUGUGCUGCUGUCUCUGUAUCUGGUCACAGUUAACACUGACCUCACCACCGUAGACCUACUGGCGUUCUCUGGCUACAAAUAUGUUGGUAUGAUCGUCGGAGUGAUCGGAGGCCUACUCUUUGGACGACUCGGGUACCACCUCUCCCUGCUGUGGUGCUGUGCAGCCAUCGUGGUCUUUAUGAUCCGCACGCUGCGUCUGAAGCUGCUGUCUGAGGCGGCCGCAGAAGGACGGCUGGUGAGGGGAGCCAGGAAUCAGCUGAGGAUGUACUUGACCAUGUCUAUAGCUGCAGCGCAGCCCCUCUUCAUGUACUGGCUCACCUAUCACCUCGUCAGAUAAGCUCUGGCCCUGAGAGUGACAAUGUGACAAUUAAAUCGACUACGCGGAACACAAAAAAAAACCUACAACAUCUAUUCUUGGAACUCACACAAACAAAGAUGUAGCACAAUGCACAGAACAAAGACAGGAUUGUCAUCAUGACCUAGAAGAGGCCCCUCUAAGGAUCGUGUCCUUAGAGGGGACACAGUGUCCUUACAGGGGACACAGUGUCCUCUCAUAGCGACCAUCAGUGUCAUCGAUAAAGCCGACUAAGUAUUCGGCUUUAUCGAAUUGUUUUGUUGUUUUUUUCCCGCUUUUUUACUAGCCGUUUGUAUAUAUGUUUUAUGUAAUGCAAAAGUGUGUUUCUGUAGCUUUUCUAAUGUCAUGGUCUGCGGCAACACAAAAAAGCUCACAGAAAAAGCACACUGAAGCCAUCCCAGCCCCACUCAGAAAUAACUUUGUGUAAAACAUCUGCUCGUUCAGCGGCGGUGGCACAACUGAAAAGCCUUCGGCGACAUUAUUUUUCUCAAACACUGUUUCUCUUUUUGUUUGUGUUGCUUUAUAUUCAUGCUACUGCCUCGAUGUUGGCCAGGAGGCACUUCAACAGAAGAAGACAAGGACAUUUUGAGGCUUCCCACUUUGUGUAAAAAAAGAAUCAAUUGUUUUGUAAUUCUUCCUAAUGUGAUUCAGGGCAGACAAGUUCAUGGAUGUCAAGAUAAGGUUAUAAAAAUUAGGUAUACGGUAAAGAAGUAAUAUAACCCAGGUUUUAACAAUUAGCAUACAUAUUUGCGUUAAUGUCACUAUUAAAUGCCAACGGAUACAUGUUAUGAACUAUGUGGACCGAUGCCAAGGUGUUUUUGAUACUGUUUUACAGACCAGGUUAUUUAUUUUAUUUUCAUAUUGAAAGAUGUUAUGGUGGCCUAUGAUUUGUGAAGCAUUAACCUCCGUCAUACUAGAUACUUUAAUAAAUAAUGAAGAUUAAUUACA